AUGGAUGUAGCUGCUCUUGCCACACCAGGUUACCAGCUCAACCUGAAUCCAUUAGACAUCAAGGAUGCACUCCAGCUCUUCUUUACAAAGGCUUUUCCCAACAAAACCCACUUUGAUUGGAUAUCAGAACUUCUUGAGUGUGCUAAUGAUAUGAUGAAGACUUCUGAGGGUCUUCCAUUGGAAAAGUGCCCACUAGAGCUUCAAGAGCAUGCUAAUCAUAUUGUUAGGAAAUGUGAGGACUCCUCAGUGGCAAAGUGUCCAUCUGAGCUUCAGGAUCUUGCUACUUAUACUGUAAACAAAUUUAAGGGCUUGUCACUAUCAGCAUUCCCAUCAGAGCUUCAGAAUCUAGCUACUCUUAUUGUAAAACAGUCUGAGGAUUUACCUCUGGUAAAGUGUCCAUCAGAGCUUCAGGAGAUUACUAUCGAUAUUGUAAAGAAAUGUAGGGGUUUGCCGCUGGCUAUUGUAUCAGUAGGCAGUAGGUUGUCUUCAAGGAAGCAAAUAGUGCCAGUUUGGAGGCAGAUGUGCAAUGAGCUUCCUUGUGAGCUGGAAAAAGAUGACCAGGUUCAACGAAUUAUAAAUCUUAGCUACUAUGACUUGCCAAGUGACCGUCGAAACUGCUUCGUAUACUGCAGCCUGUUUCCAGAAGAUUACCACUUCUCAAAGGAUGACCUUGUGCGACUGUGGGUUGCUGAAGGAUUUGUUGAAAAGAAAGGGGAUAGCACUCUUGAGGAGAUGGACACAGAUGUUCGUCGCAUAUCUUCAUAUGGAUGGAAGAAGACGAAAACGAAUAAAUCCAAGAUGAAAUUUCCGCACCUCCGAACUCUGAUGGCAAGUGAUACCAUUGUGGACUAUGUGCCAUCAAUACUAUCUGAAUCAAAAAUAACAUCGCUGCCAGACUCCAUUAAGAAUCUCUGCAAUCUUCAAACUCUUGAUGUGAAAUCAACUAGCAUAAAAGCACUGUCACCUGGUAUAGUGAAGCUCACUAAGCUAAGGCACCUUCUUGCUGACAAAUUUGCUGAUAAGAACCAGUCAGAGUUUCGGUACUUCAUCGGAGUGGAAGCUCCGGAAGGGCUUUCGAACCUUGAAGAUUUACAGACUCUUGAGACUGUGCAAGCAAGCAUGGACUUGCCGGAGCAACUUGAUAAGCUUUUGCAUCUAAGAAGCCUGUGGAUAGAUAACAUCACUUCUGCGAACCAUGGCAGAUAUCUCAAGUAUCUUGCCCUAAGCAGAUGCCAUUUUGUAGGAGACCCGCUGGUGGUUCUAGCAUCUACUGUACCGAACAUCACGUAUCUGAGACUUAACAAUAUACCUAGUCCACCUACUUUGGACCUUCCGGAAGGAUCCUUCCCACACCUGAAGACACUUGUUUUGAAGAACAUGAAUGAUGUCAGCCUUCUGAAAAUUAGUAAUGGUGCACUUCCAGUCAUAGAAUGCCUAUAUAUCACAUCACUGCCAAAAUUGGAGACAGUCCCUCGAGGCAUCAAAUCCCUGGGCUCCUUGAAAAAGCUCUGGCUGCUGGAUCUCCACAGUAACUUCAAGGCUCAAUGGGACAUGGCUGGAAUGCAGAAGGAUCUACAGCAUGUUCUGGAGAUACGUGCCUAA